CUUGAUUGGUUUUGCUCAAAGUAAAAUUUAUUUUAAAAUCAGUGUACAUACAUAUUGUGCGACUUGCUUAUAAUUUUUUAACGUAAAUAUUCUGUUAAUAUAAACGUUAGAUAGGUAAUUUAAAUAAAUAAUAUUCUUCUGUUUUUAAAUAAUGUUUUACUCUAUCAGUGACACAAGUUUUCAAAAUAAUAUUUAUUCAAAAUAAUGGUCAUCAUCGCUGAUAUUUAAAAAUACACCAAAAUGGUAUUUGAAUCAAUCGUAGUAGAUGUGCUUAAUAGGUUUCUUGGCGAUUAUGUCGAAAACUUAAAUAGGUCGCAGUUGAAACUUGGAAUAUGGGGCGGCGAUGUAGUACUUGAAAAUUUAAUACUUAAACAAAAUGCCCUGGAAGAACUCAACAUCCCAGUUCAAACUGUUUAUGGACACUUAGGAAAACUUGUACUCAAAAUACCAUGGAAAAAUUUAUAUGGUGCAUCAGUGGAAGCAACUAUAGAAAGGUUAUUUCUUAUUGUAAAUCCUACUGCUGAAAUUAAAUAUGACCCCGAAAAAGAAGAAAAAAUGGUACUGGCAGCCAAGCAAGCCGAACUUGUUAGAGUCGAAGAGGCCAAGAAGAAAGAAGCAGAAAAAGAUGAAAAUAAGUUGGAUGAAACAUUUGUUGAGAAACUAGUGACUCAGAUUAUCAAGAAUGUGCAGCUCAAAAUAACUGAUAUUCAUGUCAGAUAUGAAGAUAGUAUCACAAAUCCCAAAGCUCCUUUCUCCUUUGGUAUUACUCUUCAUAAUCUCUCUGUUCAUACCACCGAUGAAAAUUGGAAACAAACAGUAAUACAGGAAGCUGUAACCAAAAUUUUCAAAAUUCUCGACUUAGAAGGAUUGGCAAUUUAUUGGAAUCCAGCAACAGAACUAUAUUCAAAAGCGAGUGCUGAAAACAUUAAAUCAAGACUACAAACAGAAAUUGCGACAAAGUCAUCCAAACCAUCUUUUUAUAAAUAUGCUUUGGGACCAAUAAAUGCUACUGCUAAAUUGAAAUUAAAUCCUAAGCCAGAAGGAGACGUACCUAAGUUCAGCAUACCUAAGGUUAUACUCAGUUUGCAUAUGGAGCAAUUAUCAGUCAGCUUAACUAAGUUGCAGUAUCAGGAUAUGAUGCUAUUAGCAGAUUCUAUGGACAGGAUGAGUAAAGGAGCUCCUUACAGAAAAUAUCGACCAGACUUAAAAUUGUAUAAGGGACAUUAUAAAGAAUGGUGGAAUUUCGCUUACAAAUGUAUUCUAGAAGAUGACGUGAGGAGACGUAAAAAAAAUUGGGAUUGGAACCAUAUGGUGGCCCAUCGGCAACUUUGUAAAGAUUACGCCGCCGCAUACCAGAACAAAUUGACUUGUAAAGGCAAAGUAGCCUCUGAGCAUCAAUGUGUGCUAGAUCAGGCUGAGAAAACAUUGGACCUUUUUAAUUUGGUUGUGAUUAGACAACGCAUAGAAAUGGAGGUGGAGAGAUUAGGUAAACUAGAGGCAGAAGCUAAAAAAUCCCGCGGCUGGUUCGGUGGUUGGUGGAACGGCAGUUCCUCGAAAGACGAAGAAUUGACCGAAGGCGUUGCAAUCAUGAAACAGUUCGAAAAAGCGAUGACGGCAGACGAGAAAGAGAAACUGUUCCGCGCCAUCGACUACCAAGAGAACACGGCGCCUCUGCACCUGCCGGUCGAGUACGUGGCGGUGGAGGGGCACUUCCGCCUCGACCGCCUGCAGCUGUCCGUCAACGACUCGGCCGAGGUGCUGCGCGCCUGCCUGGAGACUGUGGCCGUGGACCUGCAGCAGCGGCCCAGUGCCAAUGCGCUUAGAGUCGAUGUUCAGAUGCGGGCAUUCACUGUUACGGGCAAAUAUCAAGAUAACUUUGAACCCCAACUGGUGACCUCGAAAGAAGUCACAAAAGGCGUUAAUUUGUUAAAUGUAAUUUUUGAAACAAACCCACUAGAUGGCACAUGUGAUCAACGAGUGAAGGUGCAGGCUCGCCCGCUUCAAAUAGUUUACGACGCACAAACCGUCAUUGAGAUAGUCAACGUGUUCAAACCUCCCACCGAGUCGACGGCUUUGACCACAUUACAAGCGGCCGCCGAAAAUAAGUUGUCAGAUUUGAAGGAGAAGUCGGCCCUGGGAAUGCAGUAUGCAGUUCACCAUCAUACGUUUAUCGAUCUGGAUAUCGACAUCGCUGCAUCCUUCAUCAUAAUUCCGCAAACAGGAAUAUACACCGGGUCGGAGGCGUGCGCCGUGGUGAAGCUGGGCGCCAUCAGCGUGAAGUCGGAGCCGCGCGCCGCGCCGCUCGACGUGCACGCGCUGCACCGCGCCGGCCUGCCCGAGCGGGACAUCCUGCGCGAGAUCGCCGGCCACAGCUACGACCGCAUGGCGCUGCGCCUCACUGAGAUGCAGAUUGUCGUUGCAUCUCCGGCUGAAGAUUGGCAUUCGGCUAUAGCCUCUAAUGAGGCGACACACCUGCAUUUGCUGCAACCCACAAACCUACUCAUACAGAUCCACAAAUGCUUGAUAACAGAUGACCCCAGACUGCCAAAAAUUAAAGUUAUGGGUGAAUUGGAAAAAAUUGCGAUUAGUGUAUCAGAAGAUAGAUUGCUAACUUUAUGCGAGAUAUUAGUGAGCAUGCCCCUACCACAAUCCGAAGAAGCGACACAGCUUAAGGCUAGUGACUCAAAAGCAUCAAGUCUGUCGCUGUUGAGAUAUCUUGAUCCAGUAGAGAAACAAAAAAGAGAUUCAGCGCGUUCAAAACAACGGAAAGGGGACGAACACUCUGUUCAACUAACAGAAGUUGAGGCUUUCUUUAUUAUGAAAGAAUUAAUAGUAAGCGUUAAUCGAAAGAGUAAAUUACAAGCUACCGAGAUCUAUGAGAAAUUUUUGGUAUUUUCCUUGAACUUGCUUGAACUGAAGGCUACUCAAAAGACAUUCACACUUGAAGCGACAGUUCGCCUCGGUUCCGUUAAUAUGCAACACCACAGAGUUGGACAUAACUCGAUAAGUAUGAUAGAAACCCCAGAAGUAUUAAGUACAGGGGACGAAACCGACCAAGCGAAUGUUAAUCAGUAUUUAUUCACUGUCACUUAUAACAAUGUGGAUAAGAAAUGUCCGGAAUUCAGAAGUCAUUAUGGUUCUGUUGAGCAAAUGAUUGAGCUCGAUUUUACAACUUUAAAAGUUUUACUACACCUUCAAGGUCUUCAGGAGAUCUUGGUAAUUGUGAACGAGUAUCAGACUCGAUUACAAGCAAUUCAAAGCUCUGUAGACAGAUACGCGUAUGCUGGACCAUUAGAAACAAUAAUGGAAGAUGAGGAAUUAUCAGUUGCAAAGUUGAAAGUAAACGUAGCGAAACCGUCGCGUCGCAAGCAAGUGGAAAGCAUUCAAUUGAAAGUGAAUGUUAAAAUCGGAGCCGUAGAGAUUGGUUUCGCGACGGACACUCGACCGCUAUCUAUAAUGAAACUUCAAGGAGCCGCCGCCGGGCUCAUACUGAAGAGUUCGUACACGCAAGUUGAUUGUGCAAUUGCGUCCAUCAAAGUCGAAGAUUUGAACCCUGCAACUUUACACAAGGAGAUACUUAAAGUUCUCGGCGGUGACGUCAUAAACGUACAAAUCGUAAUAUACAAUAUCGAUCAACACCCGAGCGUCAGCGACGUGAACAUGUCGAUCGAUGCUCAGAUUAACUGUCUGCGCAUUGUGUUCCUAAACUGGUUCGUCUCCUCGAUGCUGGAGUUCCUGAACAACUUCCAAGCGGCGCAAGAGGCGCUGCUGUCGGCGUCGUCGCAGGCGGCGGACGCGGCGCGCGCCAACGUGCAGAGCGCGUACGUCAACUCCACCAAGCUGGCGCUGCGCGUGCGCCUCGCCGCGCCCCUCAUCCUCGUGCCGGAGAACUCGGCCAGUCGCAGCGCGCUGCUGCUCGACCUGGGCCGCAUGAACCUCAGCAACCAGUUCGUGGACCUGCCCGUCGCGGACGUCAGCAAUAAAGUUACAGUAGACGAACUGAUGCUCGACUUGGAAGAUAUGAAAGUGUCAUGUGUGAUGUUAAAAGAAGACUAUCAAGAAAUAUUGUAUGAGCGUAAGCUUUUGCGACCAACGAGCUUCAAACUUUUCGUAAAGAGAAGUCUCUCCUCGUGGUAUGAGGCGCUUCCUGAUUUAGACAUAUCGGGAAGAAUGAAAACUAUUGCUAUAACAGUAGGUCACAGCGACUACAAGAGCAUCAUGAAAAUUCUUAAUCAAAACCUUCAAGAAGGUCAAGCAAAAACGGAAGAAAUAAAACCUCAAGCAUCUGUUUCUAAAACGAUUUCUAAAACCACAUUUAAGAGUCAAACAAGUAAAGUCCAAAUGAAGUCGACCACAGCAGUCGUCACCCCAACUGAGACGAAAAUGCCAAGAACUACGAUAAAGUUCUCUUUCACCAUGGACAGUUUUGUCAUCGAUCUCAUGAAUACACAUGGAUCAUCCGAAGAUUCGAUGUUUGUUAAGGAUGUGGAAUUAGCCCGCUUUUGUUUGGCCUUACUGUCGGUCAAGGGUCGAAUGUUCUCUGACAGUUCGAUGCAUACAUCUGUUCUACUAGUUGACUGCACUUUAGAUGACACCAGGCCCGGAAGAGGGGCUAAAAUAACAAGGUAUUUAGAAAGACGUCGCGACAAACAAGAAACCAAACUCAGUCAAUCUGACGAAAAUUCAGUCGCAAUUAUGGAAACGCACGACAAAAUACGCAGCAUGAUUGAUAUUACUUACACCCUGAAGAAUGGAGACACAUUCAUCGAUAUGAGAAUAUUCAGUUUCAAUCUAAUCUUAGCUGUUGAUUUCCUAAACAAAAUCGCUGAAUUCAUGACAACUGGAUUGAGUGAUGAUACUCCAGAUAAACCUAAGGAGGAAAUAAAAGUUGUUAAGUCACAAACUGAAAAAUCCGCAGAAGCUAUAACAAAGAAAAAAGUGUCUGUGGUAUCAGCACCGUCUUUAACAGAGCAGCCGCAAAAGCUUUCCAUGAUGACUGUCAACAUUAAGAUCGAACAGCCGGAUAUCAUAUUGGUCGAGUCUCUGGAGCAGAAGGAGUGUGAUGCACUGGUACUUAACAUGGAGGCACGCUUCAAGCUGCGCAAGACGGAGGAGCGCAUGGUGGCGGAGGGCGGCGUGUCGGGCCUGCAGGUGGUGGCGCGGCGCCUGGGAGCGCCGCCCGCCGCGCCGCGCUGGCUGCUCGCGCCCGCCACGCUAUCGCUGGCGCUGGCGCAGCCGCCCGGACAGGGCAUGCAUCUCGACAUCGCGCUCACCGACAUCAAGAUCACCGUGUCGCCAGAGAUCAUAGCUUUGCUCAACCGUGCGCUGGCGACGGUAACUAGUCGUGAAGAAGAUAACGUCGAACUGGAAAACAAACCAAUAUUCUAUGACAAACUUUGGGACAUUCAACCUUUUAAACCUAGUUCAUAUUGGUUCCUAAAAACAGAGGAAGGUAUAGAAGCUAUCGAUGUGGAAGAAGACACGGAAGAAGUGGUAAAAGCACCAGUCGGUGAAAUAUGCCUCAUGUCCAGCCCCUCUAUCGUCGUGGCUUUGGAAAUGGAAAUCGGCAAUGAGACCAUCCCUGUACUUGUAUUGCAAGCCUCACUUACUGGCCAAGUUAGGGACUGGAGCUCUGAUUUCUACAUGGAGUCGACGUGGGCGAUGCAAGUGUCGUACUACAACAUCGGUCGCGCAAUGUGGGAACCGCUCAUAGAGCCCGUCGAAAUACUCAAAGACUCGCAAUACAAACACGUUCCCUGGGAGCUCAAAAUGGAGGUGGUGAUGCGCCCGCAAGAGAGCGCGCAGGCCAUCGACACGACGGACGAGGCCGCCAACAUCCAGGCCGUGGCGCAGCGCCAAGCCAGCAAGAGCGUCACCGUGUCCAGCAGCGAGCCGCUGGAGAUCACCGUCACCAGGAGCGGCAUGGAGGUGUUAACACAAUUGGGUAACUCUUUUUCUGCUGCCGUGGGAGACACUGACACGUCGAUUAUUGCUAAGGCUAAGGUUGGAGAAAAUGAGUCGACUAAAAAAUAUUUGGGUGCUCCUUACGUAUUACACAACUGUACGGGACUAACAGCUAAACUGUCACUACAAAACAACGACGAUUUCUCCGUUUUUCUAACCGAAGAAUAUACUGUCUCCGAUUACAGGGAAGUCGUAUUGGAGCCCGGUGCUUGUGUUCCUCUUCAACUUAAACACGGCGGGCUUAAUGUUAUGAAGCUUAAUGAGCCACCACCUCCUCUUAAACUGAACGUUAAGAUCGUGGAGAUGAGCGAGGAGAUCGUGAUCCCCGUGGAGCGCGCCGACAAGCGCUACUUCGCGCUGGGCCGGCGCCACACGGGCGAGCGCACGCCCGCGGCCGCGUCGCCCGCCGCGCCGCACGCCGCCGCCGUCGAGCCGCGCGGGCUCAUCUCCGACGUCGUCAUGCACGACGCCGCGCUGCACAUCUACUUGCGCAGUAUCGUGCAGGUAAUGAACACGCUGUCGGUGAACGUGUCGGUGUACUACAUGACGCUGAGCGGCAACGAGGUGCGGCUGCUGGGCGACGUGUGCCCCGGCGACACGCUGCGCCUGCCGCUGCAGGCCGUGCACACGCCCACGGCUGAGAUCUUCUUCUCCGUCGAAGGGUUCACGGUGUCGGUGUCGCCGUUUAUAUGGCGCGAACUACAGCAGGAAGUCAAAUUAUCGAAAUUGUUACAAUGUGAUUCUAAAGAUAAAAACAGUGGAGAAAAAUUCUACUUACGGGCUGUAGGAACUAUGGAGCAAGUAUUCUUCGAGCACUCUAACCGACACACUUUCGCAUCUUCAUGUUACGACAUUGUCCUAAAACCUGCAGUCAAGUUGCAAAACUGUCUACCUGUGCCUGUGUUGGUGUCACAACUAGGCCUGCGACGGACGCAGCUCUUCAGUCCCGGCGAGAUGUUCCACUUAUCACAUUUGGCACCUAAUCGAGCUUCGGUUGUCAUUAUGAUUCAAAGCUACCUGGACAAGUGCUGGGUAUGCACCAAGAACCUGCCCGACGAGGACACGGAGCUGUCGGUGUGGUCGUUCGAGUCGCACGACAGCCCGUCCGUCAUGACGCUGGAGUUGGGCGUGCACAGCGUGGACCUGGAGGGCACGCAGAUGCUGUCGCUCUACUGCCCCUUCUGGAUGCUCAACAAGACCGGUUUCACUCUCUGCUACCGAAAAUCAAAGAAACCAGACAAAGAUUCCAGCACACCCAACAAGAACGUCGAUGAAACAGGCAAUGUAAUCUUUCACCCGAAAGACUACAAGGAACCGAUAUUGUUUUCGUUCCGAGCCAAAAACUUUUUUGGGAAAAAGAAGGCUGCGAUACGAGUGGAGUUUGGAGAAUGGUCUGAUAAAUUCUCACUAGAUGUACCUGGAAGUUCUGGUGUUAUAAUAUGCAAAAACGAAGGAAGAACGUACGAGGUUGCAGUAACUAACCAGCUGACGUUCAACAGCUUGACGAAAAUGGUUAUAUUUACGCCAUUUUUCCUAAUUAUUAACGAAUGUCCGUUUCCUAUACAACAUCAAGAAUUGCAUAGGUCAGGGGAUCCUUGGCAAGAGGUGGAACAAAACUCUAGUUCACCUCUCUGGCCCGUGAUAGAAAGAGAGGAUAAAUUGCUUUUGCUGCGAGUGUCGGGCUCCAUGGAUCACGCCGCACCAUUCCUGUACACAGAGCAACUCAGUGUUUGUUUGAAGCUUAACAAUGAGUACGGCGGGCUGCACGUGGAGGUGCAGCUGACCGAGGGCGGCACGUACGUGACGGUGCGCCAGUACCGCGCCGGACACGCGCCCGCGCUGCUCGUCAACUACUCGCCCUACGCCGUCGACGUGCUGGAGAAGGAGAACGUCAACGUGCGAAAAAUACCUUCAAUGCAUCAAAUGCUAUACACCUGGGAUAAUCCAGCCGGUCCACGUAUACUAAUAUUCGAAGCGCAUAAAAAGAAAGAAAUCGAAAACGAUUUAAGAAAAGAUGGAAUCGGUGACUUUAUGAUUAACGAAACCCAGCACGUCUGGUGGGUGUCGUUCCUAGACGGGCUGCAGCGCGUGGUGCUGUUCACGCAGGACCCCAUCCUGGCCAGCGGCGCGCACACCAUCGGCGAGGCCGAGCCCGUGCACACCGAGCUCGUGCUCGCCAUACACGGCUUCGGGCUGUCGCUCGUCAACGAUCCGGAGCUCACGGAGAUUCUCUAUGUCAGCAUAUCCAAUUCAGGCAUAAUAUGGGAGCAAUGUAAAAUUGGUGCACGGCGUUACAAGAAAAUCGAGGGACCUAAAGCUACACAAUUCGAAGAGGCUUAUCAACGUUACCACGCCGAGAAGACGGUUAGUGACACACAAGUGUCGCCACGAGUCAAGAUCGAUGAUAAAACUGAGAUCGACUUCGAGGAGAUGCGGCUGCUGCGGCCCAACGCGCGGCUGGUGCGGCGCACGCAGGAGCCGGGCGUGUGGGCGGCCGUGGGGCUCACGCCGCACUCGCGCCGCGUGCACGCGCGCCUGCACCGCCUGCAGGUGGACCAGCAGCUGCCGCUGCCCACCUUCCCCGUCGUGCUGGCGCCCGUGCCGCCGCCCAAGUCUGUCGCCAACGACGAUCCGUCCGGUACGAAGCCGUUUAUUGAAGUGUCGAUAGUGGAGCGUAUAAUGGAGCACACCAGCGUGCGGCAGUACAAGUACUAUAAAGUGCUGAUACAGGAAUUCCACGUAAAAGUGGACAUGGGUCUUAUUAAUGCUCUUAUGGGAAUGUUCCCGCAAAGAUUGCUCACGGAACAGGAAGCUUUGGAUGCGUUCCAAUUGGAUAUUGAAAAAGCAAGACAACCGCUAGAGGCACUGGCGGCGAUAGGUGCUGCUUCAGAUCUGAAGAACUUCUAUGAUAACUUACAUUUAUCUCCACUUAAGGUGCACGUAUCGUUUUCAUUGGGUGGAACGACUCAACUACCUACCUUCGUUGGAACAGUACUGCAGAGUAUUGGUGUUACUCUAACAGAUAUGAAUGACGUUGUAUUCAAAUUGUCAUAUUAUGAAAGAAAUUAUGAAUUUUUAUCGCAAAAGGAGUUGAUCGGUCAAGUUCAGAGUCACUACACGGGACAAGCUCUGAAACAACUUUACGUUCUGGUGCUCGGAUUAGAUGUCAUCGGAAAUCCGUACGGUCUAGUCAUCGGACUUAAGAAGGGCGUCGAAGAUUUAUUCUACGAACCUUUCCAGGGGGCGAUCCAGGGCCCGGGCGAGUUCGCGGAGGGGCUGAUGCUGGGCGUGCGCUCGCUGGUGGGCCACACCGUGGGCGGCGCGGCGGGCGCCGUGUCGCGCAUCACGGGCGCCAUGGGCCACGGGCUCGCCGCGCUCUCGCUCGACAAGGAUUAUCAGCGACGUCGCAGAGAUAAUAUCAAUAAACCACCCGCUAACUUACAAGAGGGCCUCGCUAGAAGCGGAAAAGGACUUGUCAUGGGUGUGGUGGACGGCGUGACUGGCGUGUUCACGAAGCCUUUCGAGGGCGCCCGCGAUCAUGGUGUGGAAGGGUUCUUUAAGGGCCUGGGGGUUGGAGCCGUUGGGCUGGUGGCCCGCCCAACUGCGGGCGUCGUCGAUUUCGCUUCAGGCUCCUUCGAUGCCGUCAAGAGAGCGGCGGAUUUGUCUGAGGAAGUGACGAAGCGCAGAGCAGCACGGUACUUAGCGGCCGACGCCGGCGUCAGGCCUUAUUCUAGACUUCAGGCUGAAGGGUACAAAAUGCUGUCUGAACUUGAAAAGGGUAAAUUUGUGAGCACGGACACAUACGAAGCUCACGUGUGGGUGAUUGCUGCCAAAGAAGUGGUUAUGUGCACUGACAAGCGACUGCUCUAUUUGGAAAAGAACAACGUAUUUGGCGGUUGGCAGAUCGUGUGGACGUACCUGUGGGCGGAGAUCCCGGACGUGCCGACGGCCGUGGCCAAGGGCGUGUACGUGCCGACGGCCAAGAAGAAGGUGCUGGGCAUGUUCCCCAGCUCCGGCUCGGGCAAGGUCAUCUUCCUGUACGACGAGCAGCAGAAGAAGUUUCUACUCGCACAAUGCCAGCGGCUCAUGCGGGCUCGUUGACAUGAGACAGUAGAAAGAACGACUCCGGCCGUAGGGCUCGGGGAAUUCUUUCUACUUAUAUUCGAUUACCGCACCGCGUUGUUUACUCUCGCCUAUCACUUUAAUCUGCACCACUUCAAUCCUAAAGGUUUCCGCUGAACCGAAGAAGUGUUCAGUAUUUCACUCUUAAAUGUGUUUGUGUUGACGCAGCAGUGUAGCUUAUAUUUUGCAUUGUAGAUGUUUAGUCAAAAGUUGCUUAACAAAAGAACUGCAUAUUCAAGAAAAACAUAUUUAUGAAACAUAUAUAGAUUCUUUGUAUAAUUAUAUGUUCAAAUAUAUGUUGAACUUUAACGAGAAGUCUAGAAAGAUAUAAUCGAUAAAGUUAGUUCUUGGAUUCUUGUUUGUUUACCCCGCCGUCCCAUCUCUUGUUAAUAUUUGAUUAUAUUAUACGUUAGACCGAAAAAGUUUCAUUUUGUACAUAUUACUUUGACUUUAAACUUAAAAUGCCCAAAUAUGUUCGAUCCAUCGUAUGUCGUUAUAAUAGUUUUGUCCAUUUAAAUGUUACAUGUAUAUUUCGCCAAACCGCGUUUAAUUCAUGACUACAUCGCAUUUAGUUGUAAUUAAGAGAAAAUGCUAUAAAUAUGAACAUAAUAAACAAUAUAGUUUGUAAUUAUUGAACAUUGUCAUUUCAAAUAGUUUUUAUGUUUAUGGAAAGUUAAAGAUAAAUUAUAUUAAAUAUGUUUAUAAUGCUCUCGUUGGUACAACAUUGUUUUUGAUAAGGUCGAGUAAAUUUUUUGUUAAAUAAUCUAGUUGAGAGUUUUAAGUAAGUUAAAAGAAUACCAAAUUUGUUAAACGCAUUCAUUAGCUAUGUACCAGUAUUAGUGCCUUAUAACAAGUGCGUACAAGUCUUGUGUAAUAUGACUGUGUUUGUUGAUGACUAUAAACGUUUAAUGGGUUUUCUGUUUUUGUAUCAAUGUUUGUUAUUUCAAUAUUCUAUAUUAUGUUAAUUGUAUAGUUAGCGGACAUAUAAUAUUAUAAGCAAUUCGCUUUGCUGUAUUUGCUAAACUUGAAUAGAGUGUAAAGUUCGAGACGUUUAAUUUUUGUAAUACUUAUAUUUUUUGAAAUAUUUACGUGCUAGAAAAAGUGAACUCGGGAAGUUGGACGAUGGUGCGUUUUCUUUCAUUUUCAGGUACAAUUCCAUCGAUUUUAUACUAUUUGCUUUGAGCAAUAUACUUUUUUCUAAUAUUUUUGUCUUACUCAAGCUUGUGUAUAACCCUUUUGAUUGAUAUUAAAUGAUUUAAAAUUAA